GAUGCGCUACUACCCAUCAUGGCUCAAAACUCCUCGACACUAGUGCAAUAGAUCUAUGGAUAUUGGUGGAGGCCAGCUGCGAUAGAUGCUCCGGUAAAUUGUUAGCAAAGCCGGCAGUGGUAAUCUUUCACCAAUUGAACAUUGAAGACAUUGACUAUAUAAGAAACGAUGGUUGCCAACUCAUAUUCCCUUUUGCUUCUCUCAGUAUCAGUAUCAUCUCAGUAGUCUUCCAUUCUUCUCCUUUCUUCUAAUCUAUCCUCUCGGGCUUGCGAUCGAUUCGUAGCUCCUUCACUUCUUAUACAUAUUUUUAUACGAUUGAUUCGUAGCAUAAUCCACUAUCACAUAACUUGAACUCAAUCUCAUACAUUAAAUCACCUCCAUCAUGUACACCAACGCACUUCUCUUGGCUCUGGCAGCUUCUCCCCUGGUCGCCGCCCAUGGCAAGAUCGCAGUCGUCUCUGGUGACGCUGGCGGCAACGGCACUGGCAUUGGAAUAAUGGGUGGCGUUGUUCCCGGACCUGGAAAGAACAAGGUAACCGAGGUCGACACUACCGUCUUCGGCAAGACCGACAUCCAGACCGACGGUCUCGGCAAGACCAACGGCAACGGCAAGAACACUGUUGCUAUGGUCAAGAUGGCCAUGGCCCAGUCUGGAGACACUUUGCCUCAAGUCUCAUCAACCGGCGGUAGCAUCUCCGGUACCUACCACAUCGUCACCACUGACGGCGCUGGUCCUAUCAAGGCUGUGCUGGACCCUACUGGAACUGGCGCUUUCUCCACCGGCACCAUGCUCGACGUCACCACACAAGUGCCUGGCAAGGGCGGAAACAUCAAGCCUUCCAAGAGAAGUCUCUGGACUCGUGGAAUGGACAUGAUCAUGAAGCGUGCUUCUAACGUCAAUGAGGAUUACCCUAUGGCUUUCAGCGUUCCUGCCGGCACUACCUGCCAAGGAUCAAUGGCUGGACAAGAAAACGUCUGCUUGGUCAAGAUUGCCAACAGCAACAACGCCGGUCCCUUCGGCGGUGUCAUUGCCAUCCAGAUGGCCGGUGCUUCUGCAUCCAACUCGACAACCAAGCGUGAGGCCAAGAACUUCAGCGCAUAAGUGACUAAUAGGCACACAUGGAAGAGGAAUUUGAGGGUGAAGCUAUUCC